AUGUUAGCAUACGGCUUAGCUCCAGAUGCGGUUGACGAAUACCUGCUUAUAAGUCAAUCAACGGGAAAAAACUCGCUACUACAUUUCAUUAGUGGGGUAAUCAAGCACUUUGAAGCUGACUACUUGAGGAGUCCAACAGAUGAAGACUUACGGAUGAUCCUUCAUCGAAAUAAAGAGCGUGGAUUUCCCGGAAUGAUUGGUAGUAUUGACUGCAUGCAUUGGGAGUGGAAGAAUUGCCCUAUGGGUUGGAAAGCUCAGUAUGCUGGCCGUAGUGGAUCAGCAACUCUCAAUUUGAAAGUUGUUGCUGACUAUGAUCUUUGGAUUUGGCAUGCUUUUUUUGGUAUUCCAGGUACGUGCAAUGACCUUAAUGUCCUAUAUCGCUCUCCUGUUUUUGAUGAUGUUUUGCAAGGUGUAGCACCCCCUAUACGUUUUACUGUUAAUGGGCAUCAAUACAACAUGGCAUACUACCUAACCGAUGGUAUCUAUCCGAACUGGGCUACCUUCAUCCAAGGAAUUACUCUGCCUCAAACCGAUAAGCAAAGACUCUUUUCGGUAAAGCAAUCCGCGGUUCGAAAAGAUGUUCAGCGUGCUUUUGGAGUUUUACAAGCGAGAUUUGCAAUUUUAAGGCAGCCAUCACUUGUGUUUAACGAAGACAUAUUAGGCGAUAUCAUGAAAGCUUGUAUAAUUAUGCAUAACAUGGUUGUUGAGGAUGAACGCCAUACUUAUAUGCGCUACGAAGAGUUAAGAAAUUCUUAUGAACAACGACCUCCUCCGCGCGCUACAGGAGGGGCCAGUUCAAGCACGACGGUAAAUAACGAUGAACCUUUUGAGGUUAACUUAGGGAGGCCGAUCAACUUAAACAAUUAUCUGACUAGAAGAACCGCUAUGCGUAAUAGAGAAGUGCAUGACUCCCUUAAACAUGAUUUAAUGGAACACAUUUGGCAAAAAUUUGGACGCAACAAUCAUUAA